AUAUAAAAUAUUAUAACUUUAAGUGUAACAUUAAGGAGAAAGUUUUGAUAUUUUCUUGUGUACAAGAUGACGACCUACGAACUUACGUCAAAAUGUCGAGAUGAUGAUGAUGAUGAUGAAUCUUCUAAGACAAUUUCCGCGACUAGAAAAAAACUGGGCUUUUCGCAAAUCAAAUCAACAAAGAAUCCAAUAAGCGAACAAUUCAGCAAUAACGUUGCUAAUCUUGCCAGCAGUAGCACAUUUCUUGUAAUCGACGAAUCUGAGAAAUUAGGUAAAUUUCAACAGUAUUUAAGUGCAAACUCAUUAAACGGUUCAGCUGGAACAUCCGCAAGCUCGAGCAGUCUUGUAACUUGUUUAUGUGGUAAUGGUAAGUGUAACUGGUUUCGUCAUUAUCGCAUGUAUAAGACUAUAUUGGCGAUUUUGUUGCUGUUGGUGUUGCUGCCUUUGUUUGCUCAUCGCAAUUUAUUAAAUUCUGAUACUGAUGAGCCUCAAUUGGAUAUGCAUCAUGCUCGUCCUUUAUUAGAUGCAUACGAGGAUUUCAGCUCUAUGCGAGCAAGCGAUUUAAAAAUGCGUAUUGAGGAGUUGCUAAGAAUAAAGAGUACUGUUUCUGUGGAAUUGCGUGAGUUGGAAGCACGCCGCCAAAAGCUACAAUCCGACAUCGGUCAGUACAAUCAAAAAAUUGAGGAACUGAAACAAGAGCUGAUGCGUGAACAAACUGAGCUGGAACGUUUAAAGAUAUCCGUAGAGCAAGCUCAAGUAGCUCAGCGUGAGGCCGUACAACGAAAUACUCCCGAUUUGGCUUUGCCGCGUACGCUAUUUCCCAACUCCUUGCCUCGCAAAAUGCCACCUGCUUCAAUGCAAACCGCCAUCUCCUGCGAAAUGCACAAUUGUUUCGACCAUUCACGUUGCAGUUUAACUUCCGGUUUUCCGGUUUACCUUUAUGAUCCCGAUGUAUAUAAUGUUCUGAAAACGGGCUAUGAUAUUGACGGUUUCAUGCGUACCACGAUAAAGCAAACUUUAGGUUAUAAUGCUCAUUUCGUUCGCGAUCCAAAACAAGCAUGCAUUUAUUUAGUUUUGGUUGGAGAGGCUUUACUCGAAAAUGAUGCGACGAAGAAUAAUCGUUAUUCCGCUUUGGAGGAAGACCAAAAAGAAAGAGUAUCUGCCAGGCCUUUAACGGAUAAAUAUGAAACCGUUGAUAUGGCGAAACUCUAUCGCUUGCCUUUCUGGGGAGGAGAUGGUCGUAAUCACGUACUUCUGAAUUUUGCUCGACGAAAUUUGAAUUCACGUUCCACAAAUGCUUUGUUCGGGCAGAAUACUAUGCGCGCCAUAUUAGUGCAAUCGGCUUUUGAAUUAUCCCAAUUCAGACCUAAUUACGAUUUGAUAGUUCCUCCUAUUCUAGGACCACCAGGCGGAGAUGUGUGGCAGGAAUGUACGUCUAUGGUACCAGCAAGGCGUACUUAUUUGCUAUCCUUUCAAGGUGAAUUAAGACCUUUGGAUUCCAGCCAACAAUCAGCUGAACCUCUAGAUGAUUUCAUAUUGGACCAUUUGUUAGAAAUGGUUAGAGGCGCUACUCAGGAUAAGUUCCUAUUACAAUUUAAAUGCAUUCCUGCAACCGAGCAAAUGGAUGAAAAUGCUGCAGCAGAUUGGGCUCUCUGUGGUACCGAUUCGUCACGUAAAGCUGUGUUAAAAGAUUCUACCUUCGCUUUAAUCUUGCCGCCUUUAGAGCGAAGAAUUAGUUCCACACUUAUGUUGGCCAGAUUAUAUGAGGCUUUGCGCUCAGGUGCUAUACCGGUUAUAUUGGGUGCAGACGAGGUACGGCUACCAUAUAUCGAAACGAUAGAUUGGCGUAAAUUGACUUUGCUGUUGCCGAAGGCUCGGAUAACCGAAUUGCACUUUUUGUUAAGAGCUAUACAAGAUAGCGAUUUAUUGCUGAUGCGCCGUCAAGGACGUUUGGUAUGGGAACGCUAUUUAAGUUCAGUGCAGGCCACAGUAGACACCAUUAUAGCUAGUCUAAGAGAUCGUUUGGGAGUGCCUCCACGUCCCGUGUCACCAGUGAUUGCGCAAAGUGUUUUCAAUAGCACUUUUAUACCGUUGAAAUCUGAUCCUCCGGUAGGUAUGGAGAACGAACCAGAAGAAUCUUUGGGUCCCAUUGAGCCUCCUUAUAGCAGCCCAGCCUACAGAAGAAAUUACACAAUUUUACGAAUACAAUCUAAGGAGGCUUGGAAUGAUUGGGUAGAUCCUUUCUACAUGUAUCCCCAAUUGCCAUUUGAUCCGAUUUUGCCUUCAGAAGCUAAGUUUCUGGGUUCACAUAUGGGUUUUCGUCCUAUCGGUAAAGGCAGCGGUGGGGCCGGUAAAGAAUUUAGUGAAGCUUUGGGCGGCAAUCAUCCCCGCGAACAAUUCACUAUAGUUAUAUUAACCUAUGAACGCGAACAAGUAUUAAUGGAUUCACUAGGGCGUUUAUAUGGUCUUCCUUAUCUGCAUAAGGUAGUAGUGGUAUGGAAUUCACCAAAACCGCCCUUAGACGAUUUAAGGUGGCCCGAUAUAGGAGUGCCUGUGGCUGUAGUAAGAGCACCACGUAACUCUCUCAAUAAUCGUUUUCUUCCCUUCGAUGUCGUUGAAACUGAAGCUGUGUUAUCAGUAGACGAUGAUGCUCAUUUAAGACACGAUGAGAUUUUAUUUGGUUUUCGCGUAUGGCGCGAGCACCGUGAUCGAGUUGUCGGCUUCCCGGGACGCUUUCAUGCCUGGGAUUUGAAUACGAAUCACAACUGGAAUUACAAUUCCAAUUACAGCUGCGAAUUGAGUAUGGUUUUAACAGGGGCCGCUUUUAUACAUAAAUAUUAUAUGUACUUGUACACUUAUCAUUUACCGCAAGCCAUACGCGACAAAGUGGACGAAUAUAUGAAUUGUGAAGACAUAGCUAUGAAUUUCCUCGUCUCGCAUAUAACGCGGAAACCUCCGGUAAAAGUAACUUCUAGAUGGACGUUCAGGUGUCCGGGUUGUCCGGUGUCAUUAAGUGAAGAUGAUACGCAUUUCCAGGAGCGCCAUAAAUGCAUCAAUUUUUUUACGCAGGUUUUUGGUUAUACGCCUCUCUUAAAUACACAGUAUCGAGCGGAUUCGAUUUUAUUUAAAACUCGCAUACCACACGAUAAACAAAAAUGCUUUAAAUAUAUUUAGAAAAAGACAAAUUUUAAGCUAUUUUAGAGAACUUUUAAGGAAUAUUAAUUUUAAGAGUAAAGAUAUAUGUGAAUACAACAUAUAUGUAUUAUAUUUUAGACUAUUUUAUUUAAAUGCUUUUUAAUUAAAAUUUUAGUGCAAUAUUGGACAACAAAUUAGAACAAAAAUGAUAAGCAAAAAAAAAAAAAAAAAUUAUUUUUUACUAAAGUGUCAUAUUAGU